AUGCGGGCCGAGGGCCUGAGGCGGAACACCACCAGAUUGAGCUUGUCGGCGAUGCCCCUCCCCCCUCCGUCUGCAACUCAACUCUUCCCCGCCAAGAUGCAGCACCAAUUUGAACCCUUGAAGAACGACCUCUUAUUGAGGGCCGCAAGAGGCGAGAAAGUCGAGCGCCCUCCGAUAUGGGUGAUGCGGCAGGCCGGACGCUACCUCCCGGAAUACCAUGAAGCCAAAGGCGGCCGCGAUUUCUUCGAAUGCUGUCGCAGCCCGGAGAUCGCGUCGACGCUGACGAUCCAGCCCGUGGAGCGGUACGCCGGGUUAAUCGACGCCGCGAUCAUCUUCUCGGACAUCCUGGUCAUCCCGCAGGCGAUGGGCAUGACGGUGGAGAUGGUGGACAAGAAGGGCCCGCACUUCCCGGAGCCGCUGAAGUCGCCGGACGACGGCCAGUACGAGCGGGUGAUGGCGAAGGCGGUUGACGUGCAGGCCGAGCUGGACUACGUCUACAAGGCGAUCACGCUCACGCGGCACAAGCUGCAGGGCCGCGUGCCGCUGAUCGGCUUCUGCGGCGCCCCCUGGACACUGCUCUGCUACAUGGUCGAGGGCGGCGGCAGCAAGAUGUUCGUGCAGUCCAAGACCUGGAUCUACAAGUACCCCAAGGAGUCGCAGGCGCUGCUGCUGAAGAUCGCCGAGAUCUGCGUCGAGUACCUCGCGCUGCAGGUCGCCGCCGGCGCCCAGCUCGUCCAGGUCUUCGACUCGUGGGCCGGCGAGCUCUCCCCCGCCACCUUCAAGGCAUUCUCCCUGCCGUAUCUCCGCCACAUCUCGGCGAAUCUCCCCAAGAAGCUGAAGGAGAUGGGGCUGGAGCCCGUGCCCAUGACCGUGUUUGCGAAGGGCGCUUGGUACGCCCUCGAGGACCUCUGCGAGUCGGGGUACAACGUUGUCGGGCUGGACUGGUUGCAUGACCCCGCCGAGGCGAUGCGUGUUGCCAACGGCCGCGUGACGAUCCAGGGAAAUGCAGACCCCGGUGUCCUCUACGGCGGGCGGGCGGCCAUUACGGAGGCGGUGGAGAUUAUGGUGGAGGGUUUCAAGAAGGGUAAGCAGGGGUGGAUUGCGAACUUGGGACAUGGCGUGACUCCGUUUGUCAAGCCGGAGGAUCUCAAAUUCUUCUUCGAAGAGAUCCACCGACUUACGGCGUAA